UUUUUUUUUUUAAUUUUUUUGCUUGAACUAUGCGUAUUGCGAUAGUAACGGAGAAUUUUUUACCAAAAGUAGAUGGUGUAACACGUACAUUAGCCAAGCUACUUGAACAUUUACAAGCCACAAAUCAUGAAGUAAUUUUAUUUGGACCAGAAAGUAAGAUGGAAACCUAUGCCAAUGCAAAAUUAUAUGGAACAGCAGGGAUACCCUUUUUACCUUACCCUGAGCUUAAAUUAAAUAUUUGGAGACCUACGUUUACAAAGAGGCUGAUUGAGUUCAAACCUCAAGUCAUUCAUCUUGUCGAUCCUGUCUUCAUGGGUGCUGCUCUCUUGGCCGUUUUACGUCUUCAUAGACUUAAGAUACCUGUUGUUUCCUCUUAUCAUACCAACCUGAGUACCUAUUGCACUGCCUUUGGAUGGGGUAUCUUUGCUAAUCUCAUGUGGGUUUGGAAUCGUCAUUGCCAUUCUCAAUGUCGCUACACUGUCUGUCCUUCGGAAUCAACACGAAAGAAUUUAAGAGAAAAGGGAUUAAAGAAUGUAAGAAUUUGGCCACGUGGUAUUGAUAUGUCUCUCUUCUCUCCUGAACAUCGAUCUGAAAGACUUCGAUCACAAUGGCUUUUGCAGUCAAAAAAACUGACUCGGGGGAAAAAAGAAGAAGAUGAAAACGGUGAAGAUGAAAAUCGGACGGAGAUAGUGACCGAAGAAGAAGAAGAAGAGGAAAAAAACAGCAUGACGACAAUGACAAACGAUAAAGAGAAUAAAACCAUUUUACUUUACGUUGGGCGAGUCUCAUUUGAAAAAAAUCUAGGUUUAGUGAUUGAUAGUUAUCGAGACAUGGAUUACCAACGCUGUCAUCUUGUGAUUGUAGGACAUGGACCUGCGUUAGAGGAGCUCAAGAUAUUAUGUCAACAAUACAAUCUACCAGUGACUUUUACAGGUUAUUUAGGUGGUCAUGAACUAGCAACCGCUUUUGCUUCAGCAGACAUCUUUGUCUUCCCUUCCUAUACAGAGACAUUUGGACAGGUUGUCUUGGAGUCAAUGGCAUCAGGAUUGCCUGUGGUUGGAUUACUAGCAGAGGGUGUAAGAGAUCUUGUUCGUGAUCAAGAGACAGGGUUACUGUUGGAUGUAACAAAUAUGUCAAAACAAGAACAGGCAAUUAAAUAUCGUCAUUUGUUGAAUAUGCUUAUUGAAGAUAGAGAGUUGCGAUAUAAGAUGAAAAGAAAUGCAUUAGAAAGAUGCAAAUCAUAUACAUGGUGGAAUGCAAUGGAAGAUAUGGUUCAGGUAUAUCGUGAUACGGUUGUUCUAGAGAAUAGUAAUGAAGGAAAAGAAGAAGAAGAAGAAGAGAGAGUAAAGUCAAAAGUAAUAGUGGAUGAAGAAAAGGAGACUGAUUUAACCGAAGUUAUCAUUGAACCUAAAGAUAGACUACCACCAGUUGAUGAUCAUACUGUAGAACAUGAACAGUCUUUUACACAUCAUGAUUCCAUUGGUAUUAUUCCUACUCAUCAUAAAAGUCUUUCUUCAGUAAACGAAGGUGUUAACCAAAGUGCCUCUUGCUGAGAAUAUACCAGUUCCUAAUAUUGUAUAUACACACACACAUAUAUAUAUAUACUAAAUAUUGUAUCAUGUAAAAUUAAUUAAUACUUUAUAUUUCCCACUUUAUCCUCCC